AUGAAGGCAGCCAUUGACGCCUCCAUAAUUGGUGAAACAAUGAGGACUGGGGUACCUACUGGCUGCAUACUAGUUUACUAAGAAUUGUCAUGACCAACUAGAGGAAGCUCGUGAAGCCUUUGCGAGAGCUGCUUAGCAAAUGAAGAAAAAUGCGGAUCGCCACCGACGAGAGGUUGAAUAUGACGUCAAGGAUUGAGUACUAUUGCGCAUAUAUCCUACCCACAAGAAUCUACAGAGAUUGAAGCGCCAUAACGGAUUGGUCCCUAGAUAUGAUGGGUCAUUCUAAAUCAUCGCCUGCAUAGGCCGCCUGGAGUACCAUCUAUGACUCCCCCCAUGACUCCCAAUCCAUCCAGUAUUUCAUGUCUCUCUGUUAAAAGCUUACAAUACAAAUGUGGACGACUUAGACCGCAAUUGGCCUUGCCGCCCCCCACCAACGGUACAAGCACACUAUACUAAGUAGUCAUUGCCAUUUUGGAUCACCAAGUCAUCAACAAAGGAGGGUGCAACCAUGUCCACCACAACACAUUUUAUCUAGUGCAAUGGGCAGGACAACCUCGGGAGGCUGCCACAUGA